GCGACCUGUAGUCAAAUCUGGUGGAGGGACAUCUUAUUCAUAAACAACUUUGUGAACGAGCCUGCAGGACUAGGACUUGGAGGAGACUGUUUGGGUCAGUGUUGGUACCUGGCCGUCGGCACACAGUUAUACCUGGUGGCUCCCUUAAUCUUCCUACCAUUAUAUUACUACGCUCCCGUUGGUAAGGUCUGGAUGUAUGUGCUGUGUGUGUUGUCCAUCUACAUCCCUGCCCAGAUUAUCUACACCUAUGACCUGCCUCCCUCUUCCUUCUUAGUAGCUCGUAACGCAGAUGUGUACUACAACAAGGUCUACUUAACGCCGUGGUGUCGUGCAGGGCCGUGGCUCGUCGGAAUCUGGCUGGGCUACAUCAUGUAUACUCAAGAUCACAAGCGAGUCGUCCUGAAGAAGUGGCAGGUAGUGGGUGGGUGGACGGCAGCUGUGUGUACCGGAGUGUUGCUUGUGUUUGGGGUGUGGAGCUACAACACCGUGCCACCCAAAGCUGACUAUGACAUCGUGACCCAGGUGGUGUACGGUGGGCUGCAGCGGUUCAUGUGGGGUGUAGUGAUGGCCUGGAUUAUCUACGCCUGUCAUUACGGAGCUGGUGGCCUCGUGAAUGACUUCUCGCCACCCCAUCUGGCAGCCACUUAGCCGUCUGACCUACACCAUGUACCUAGUGACUCUAACAAUGCAAUUCGCAAUCGUGUAUCAGGCGAGGGUACCCUACUACUACUCUUACAUCAGCCUGAUUAUGGAGACGUGGUGUAAUGUGAUCUCCUUCUUCGUGGCUGUGUUGGCCUCU